AUGGAGGAAGGAAAUCUCACCACAGUGACCGACUUCAUUCUCCUGGGUUUCACAACAAACCCUAAACUGCAGCUGAUCUUAUUUGUACUGUUUCUAAUAAUAUAUAUAGCCAGUCUGGCAGGGAAUAUCACAUUAAUUGCUCUAAUCUGCAGCAGCUCUCACCUCCAUACGCCCAUGUAUUUCUUCAUUGGGAACCUUUCCUUCCUGGAUCUGUGGUAUUCCUCCAUCUAUACGCCAAAGAUCUUGGUGAACUGCAUCUCUGAAGACAAGAGCAUUUCCUUUGGUGGCUGUGCCUCCCAAUUCUUCUUCUCAGCUGCCCUUGCCUAUAGCGAGUGCUACCUUCUGGCAGCUAUGGCCUAUGACCGUUAUAUGGCCAUAGCCAAGCCAUUGUUGUAUGCCACUGCCAUGUCCAGAAAGCUGUGCACAGCACUGGUGGCCCUCUCAUAUCUAGGGGGGUUUAUCAAUUCCACCUUAAUCACUAGUGAAACCUUCACAUUGAGCUUCUGUGAUGGCAACGUCAUUGAUGACUUCUUCUGUGACUUACCUCCAUUGGUGAAGCUAUCCUGCAACAUGCCCAAGAGCUAUCAGUCCGUGUUGUACUUCAUUUUGGCUUCUAAUGUAAUUACACCCUCUGCACUUAUCCUUGCCUCCUAUGCCUUCAUUCUGGCUGCCAUCUUGAGGAUUCGCUCCACUGAAGGGAGACUGAAAGCCUUCUCCACAUGUGCUUCUCAUCUGAUUGCAGUUACUUUGUACUAUGGCUCUAUCCUCUUCAUCUACUCACGGCCCAGCUCCAGCUAUGCUUUGGAAAGGGACAAAGUGGUCUCUGUUUUCUACACAGUAGUGAUUCCUAUGCUUAAUCCCCUCAUCUACAGCCUCAGGAACAAGGAUGUAAAACAUGCUCUGAAGAAACUGGCAAUGAAAUGGAGGACACAUCCACAUUUCCUAUAUUUCUCCAGACCACUGUAUCUUUUCCUAAAAAUGGUGAAUGAAAAUAGUACCACCAUCACGGAGUUCAUUCUCCAGGGCAUCUCAAACGAUCCAAGUAUGAAAGUCUUAUUCUUUGUGGUAUUCCUGAUCAUCUAUCUGGUCAAUGUCGUGGGAAACCUGGGCAUGAUCAUCUUGAUCACACUUGAUUCCCAGCUUCACAAUCCUAUGUACUUCUUCCUCUGGCACCUGUCCUUCUGUGACAUCUGCUACUCAUCUGCCAUUGCCCCCAGAAUGCUGUCUGAAUUGUUAUCUGAGAGCAGGAUCAUCUCCUUCUCUGAAUGCACUGCACAGUUCUACUUCUUUGCUGCCUUUGUGGGUGCCGAGUGCUACAUUUUAGCAGUAAUGGCCUAUGACCGCUAUGUGGCCAUCUGCAACCCAUUGCUCUAUUCCACUGCCAUGUCCAAGUCCCUCUGCAUCAGGCUCCUACUUGGCUCAUACAUUGCUGGCACAACUAGUGCCAUAAUACACACAACAGCCACCUUCAGCCUGCAGUUCUGCAGUUCCAACCUCAUCAACCAUUUCUUCUGUGAUGUCCCUCCAUUGCUGGCAAUCGCUUGUUCUGACACCCACAUUAAUGAGAUUUUGCUUUUUGCAUUUGCUGGCUUUGUUGAGAUGAGCUCCCUCUCCAUCAUCCUUCUCUCUUACAUCUUCAUUUUAGCAGCCGUCCUGAGAAUGCCCUCAGGGAGGCUCAAAGCCUUCUCCACCUGUGGGUCCCACUUCACAGGGGUCACUCUAUUUUAUGGGACUGUGAUUUUCAUGUAUCUCCGGCCCACUUCUGUCUAUGCUUUGGAACAAGACAAAUGGGCUUCUGUGUUCUACACAGUAGUGAUCCCCAUGCUCAAUCCUCUGAUCUACAGCUUGAGGAACAAAAAUGUUAAGGAAGCUUUCAGAAAACUCAUUAACAAGAAGCUGAACUCUGUCUUAAACUAA